UCACAAAAAUUCCGAUUCAUCAUCUUCACGUUUUUUUUUUUUUUUAAAUCCAGCAACUUUUCCGGUGAAACAGUCGAUGAAGUCUCACCUGACUCUAUACCUUUCACCGUUGAUUGAUUUGACUUCAGAAUCGAGUCAGAAGAAAUCGAUGAAAAUCUAAAAAUAGAAAAGAGGUUUUUCAAAAUUUGCUCGCUCUCUUACUCUUCAAAACCGCAAAUCAAGGAGACGAUAGAGAGAGAGAGAGAGAUGAGUAAACGGAAUCCGAAGAUUCUGAAGAUUUUUUUGUAUAUGUUACUUCUCAACUCUCUCUUUCUCAUCAUCUACUUUGUUUUUCACUCGUCGUCGUCUUCUUCUUCUUCUUCACCGGAGCAGCCGAAUCCUCAUAUAUCUUUGGUGCGAUUUCACGUUUCAGUGAAUAAUAAUCAAUCAGCGAUUCAGAAACCGUGGCCGAUCUUACCUUCUUACCUCCCAUGGACGCCGCCGCAGAGGAAUCUACCAACUCGCUCUUGCGAAGGCUAUUUCGGGAAUGGAUUUACCAAGAGAGUUGACUUCCUUAAGCCGAUGAUAGGAGGAGAAGGAAGCUGGUUUCGAUGUUUUUAUAGCGAGACGUUACAGAGUUCGAUUUGCGAAGGGAGGAAUCUGAGGAUGGUUCCGGAUCGGAUUGUUAUGUCUAGAGGUGGUGAGAGGUUAGAGGAAGUUAUGGGGAGGAGAGAGGAGGAAGAGCUUCCUGAGUUUCGAGAUGGUGCGUUUGAGGUGGCGGAAGAGGUUUCUUCACGGUUAGGUUUUAAGAGACACCGCCGUAUUGGUGGUGGAGGAGGUAAUGAUGUGAUUUCUCGGCGGCUGGUGAAUGAUGAGUUGCUGAAUGAAUAUGUUCAAGAAGGUGGUAUUGGUAGACAUACAAUGAGGGGUUUGGUUGCUUCGAUUCGUGCUGUUGACUCCAAAGAUUUCGUUUGUGAAGAGUGGGUGGAAGAACCAACCUUGCUUAUUACUCGAUUCGAGUACGCGAAUCUCUUCCAUACCGUGACAGAUUGGUAUAGCGCUUAUGUUUCCUCUAGAGUCACCGGUUUGCCUAAUCGACCACACGUUGUAUUUGUUGAUGGACACUGCACGACACAGCUAGAAGAAACAUGGACAGCUUUGUUUUCUGGAAUCAGAUACGCAAAGAAUUUCACGAAACCGGUUUGUUUCCGCCAUGCAAUUCUUUCACCGCUGGGAUAUGAAACCGCGCUUUUCAAGGGCUUGACCGGAGAUAUAGAUUGCAAGGGGGAAUCAGCUCAAAAUCUUUGGCAAAACCCGGACGAUAAAAGGACCGCGAGGAUAUCAGAGUUUGGCGAAAUGAUCAGAGCAGCUUUUGGGUUCCCUGUCAACAGACACCGCUCAUCGGAAAGACCGCCAUCUUCAUCAUCAUCCUCUGUUCAUAAUGUUCUCUUUGUCCGCCGUGAAGAUUACUUAGCCCAUCCUCGUCACGGCGGGAAAGUCCAGUCUCGGCUCAUCAACGAGGAAGAAGUGUUUGACUCUUUGCACCAUUGGGUCGCGUCUGGCUCCACCGGUCUGACCAAAUGCGGGAUUAACCUUGUGAAUGGCUUGUUUGCACAUAUGUCGAUGAAAGAUCAAGUCCGAGCCAUCCAAGACGCGUCAGUGAUCAUAGGAGCUCACGGAGCAGGACUGACUCACAUUGUGUCUGCAACACCAAACACAACGAUAUUUGAGAUUAUAAGCGUCGAGUUUCAGAGACCUCAUUUCGAGCUUAUAGCUAAGUGGAAAGGUUUAGAGUAUCACGCUAUGCAUCUGGCGAACUCACGUGCAGAUCCAACUGCUGUGAUUGAGAAGCUAAAGGAGAUCAUGAAGAGCCUUGGCUGCUAAAAACAAGAAUUCGGGAUAGUGAGUAAGUGAGUUCGUCGAACCUCUGGUGACCUGUGAGUUUGGAAUAUUUUGACACUUUUCUUUGUAUCAAUUUUUUUAGAUGGGUUAAUGAUGUCAAGUUCUGUGUAAAUUAGCUUUGCUUUUUGUACUAAACAGGCUUUCUAAUGGUUAUUUAUAUAAAAGUUCUCCUUUUUCUAAAA